AUGGAUGACUGGAGCCGAUAUCUCACUGUGUUCUUGCCCACCGACAAGAGUGGAAAGACUGUGAACAAGUACAUGCAGCGCUACGUGGUGUUAACGGAGCGCCAAGCUGGUUGUGGGAUCACGCAGAUCGUCCGGCGUGAGCACGAGCCUGCAGAAAGCGCGAAGUUUCUGGUGCAACGCGUUCUCACAGAUAAAGGCGGUGAGUUCGUGAACAAGGAUAUGAUGGCGUUCUAUGCGGAUCGUGGAAUCGAGCACAUCAAAGUCGGACCUAAGAGCUCACAUCGGAAUGCUGUGGAGCGUGCGCUCCAGUCGUUGAAUGACUCACGAAGCCGCAGAUGCACAAGUCCGAAUUUGCUCGUUCGUUUUGGUGGUGCCGAAACACUGGAGCGUUCGAAGAGUGACGACAAUGCUAUCAUCGGCUAUCUAAUUGGGUUCGAAAUGGACACUGUUGGCGCACGUGUGUAUAUUUCCAGCGAGAACACGGUCAAGUUUGCCGCUGAGGUUCGCGUUAUUGAGGACGUGACGUACGGUGACCGUCAUCACGUCGAUCCAACUGACCAAGAUGAUGGUGAAUGGUUACGGUUUGCGACCGAAGAAGUUGGUGAGCAAGACGACACGACUAGCAUCUCGAAGACUAUUGUCAGUGCUACGGUUGCGUACGAAGCCUCUAUGGCUGAUGAGGAUCGGUCGGCAGACGUCGAUGAGGAGGACGAGGACGAAUAUCACGACAGCCAGAAUGUCGGUGUGAAUCACCAGGAUAUGAGUGACCAGGCGGAUGAUGGUCAUGAUGAUGACGAGUCUGUCUUGUCCAAUUUUGGAUCGGAGGGGGACCCAGCAGACGAAGGUUCGGUCGCCGAUGCGACCGAGUUUGGCGAGGAAAGUAAGCGAUCCGACCGACGAGCAGGAAUCGACUCACGAGCAGGGCCCGGAAGCCAACGAUCAUACGGAAAACGGCUGGAGCAAGGACUCACCCGACGGUGA